AUGGACAAGCAAUGGUUUCCAACUGCUGGGAUUCUCCUGGCUGCUUCCUUGGUGCUCUCUGCUUCGGUUCUACCCCUGCCUUCCGCUCAGCAAGGCAGCAGCAAGAAGCCAUCACUACCACCUGGCAUCCUGAGAGGGACCAUCGGUGGCGUCCUUUCCUUGGAUGCAGCUAGAGGCCAGGAGGCUCCUGAAGCUGUGCUUUUGAAGUCCCCCUUACAGUCUGCCCCCUUGGGAAGUACUGGGGCCUCGGGCAGGGCCACAACUGCCCCAUCCUCCUCAGUGCUGACCAAGUCUAUGACCCCCAGACCCCCUGAGCUUCAGCCAGAGUCCCCUGUGGCUGGCCCUGCAGAGGCAGCCUUGGCCCCUGGAUCUCUGGAGAUGGCAGCCAUAUUACUAUCAUCGGCUUCUCCUGUGCGUGGAUCUGGGCAGAAGUGUAGCAAGUCCUCUGGGUUGUGUGUGACAGUCCCUGCUCCUGCCUCUGCAACCCUGAAAACUGUCACUCCUAGGCAAACAUGGCAGCCAGCUGGAGCCCCCUUUGCCCCCACCUCUCUUGCGUCCAUGUCUGGACCUGCCCACUGGUUAUGGUAUGUCUUGGGCAGGCACCCCUCCAAUGCUAGCACCUCCGUAUGGUUUGCAAUGAGGCCUGGCCACUUUAGGCCAGAGACCUCCACACCUCUGACAUUAGCUCCAAGGAGCCUUGGGAGCCCAGACCGACUUCCGUUUGCAUCCACAGCUAACAUACCCACAGUCACAGAGCCCCUGCCCUCUGAAGCUCCAGGGACAUCAUGGUUGGACAGGACCUCUGGGGCCCUCAUAGUAGACUCAAGGUCAUCCACAGAUGCUGACACUUCCAGCCCAGGCCCAGGGCCCAGUGGUGCCACUGUGUUGUUGUUGCCCUCAGCAAAGCCACCGCCACAGCUGUCCUCAACCUUCUCCUCCCCACAUCCCCCACCACCCAUAUCUUUGUCAUUGUCACUUUCCCCACCACCACCAAUAUCACCAUCCCCAGGACUAACCCCAAAUUCCUCUGUCACUCCUGGAGCCAGGGGCCCUCUUAGUCCUGCUAUGUCUGCCUUUGCACCCUCAACCGAAGACUUGCCCCUCAACACCUCCAGCUUUGCCCCUGCUCUGCCACUCCUGAUGGUCCCACAGCCAGCCACUCUUCAGGGGAUGGCCCAGCCUGUCCCUGCCAGCCCAGCCCACACAGCCAUCCUCUCCCUCCAACACUCCUCCAGCCUUCCCUUGUCCCCACCUAGUUUUGGCUCCCCCAGGGUCCCUAGGAGUUCUGACCCUACCCAGUCAUCUGCCCUGCCUUACCCUGGCCAGGACAUCUUUUUCCAGGACUCAGUUUACUCCACCCCAGGACUUGGUCAUGUGACACACUCUGUGACCUUCCAGAUCAUCAGUGAAGCCUUUUCAGCCACUCUCCAGAGCCCAGCGCCCCUGAAGCGCUGGCUGCUGAGUGAGCACAUUCGCCACCAGCUCCAGCCCAUGUAUCAGGAGGCCUUCCCCAACUUCAAGGGCGUUGGUGUCCUGGUGUUUGGACCCGGCUCUGCAACUGUGAAUGCCUCUCUUGUGUUCGGGGGCCAGCCUGGCCCCUCUGCCCGCAACAUCCUCUGGAUUCUGUACCGCAAAGUGAAGGCCUCCAGGUGGAUGCUGGGGAGCCUGACCCUGGCUGAGAACAGCCUCGCCUCUGACGGGUCCAGCCUGACCGACCUGGCCCUGGAGACCAUCAGAAUCUGCUUCACAUCCAUGAGACCCUUCCUGCCCCAGACCUUCCUACCUGGUUCUGAGCCCUUUGUCUUACUGGAAAAGCAGAUCCUUCAGUUGGUCACACCUCUGGUGUCAGAAUUCUAUAAGAUGCAUCCCCAAGAAGGACCCCUGAUUCUCUUCAGCAAUGUGAACCAGUGGGUGAGUGUUUACAUGGAAUACAAAUUCCACAACCCCAUCCCUACCCACCUCCGAGGCCUGGCUGACUACCUGGCUCACAGCAUUAGGGAGUCCACCCUCCAGAAAUCCAGCAUCACGGCCAACGGGGAGAAGGCUGACCUGGCGCUGUACGAGAUGUGGCUCCUGAUACCAGGUCAACCCUUCACCAAGGCCUUGGAGGACAAAACCAGCCCUGAUUUCCAGGAGCAUCAGCAGCAGCUGACAACAUUGCUGACCAUGGUCCUCAGGCCUCUGCAGAAUUUUGCCCAAGUGGUGGUGGAGGAGGUCUGGCCGGAACCACUGACCGCCAAAGUGGGUGCCACCUUCUUUGGGGCCAUGCCAGCAAAGGCCCUCAUUCAGGAACGUGUGCGCCAGGCGUUGUCCUUUCUGCGGGAGGCUGAGGGCCUCUGGGUAGAGAUGUUCAUCCCAGAACUCAGUACCCCUAGCUCCUCAGCUUCUAGUCAGCCUGGCGCCCAUGUCCCCAGCUACGCGUUUCUCAACUUGAACCUCCUGCUUGCCACGCUCAUCCUUGUCCUGGGCCAGGCUCCUGCCAGGCCCCCAAGCCAGAAGGGUGUUGGGAAGGACCUUAAGCUAGACUACACGGCCAUCUUGAGCCAGGACCUGAGCUCUACAUGGCUACGGCAGCUGACACGAGGCAACCUUCCCCCUGACUCUUGGGAUAUCAAUUCUGGCCUAGAAGCCACGUUAGGUACCUUGGUCCCAGGACUGGAGCUGGACCCCCCUGAGAGGAAGGAGACACAGUUGGGCUGGGACACAGACCUCCCAGACAUCAGUGGGGCUUGGGGUCUGGCAGCUACGGAGAACACAGAGGGGCCCUAG